AAUCGAUAAGUCCAUAUAAUUAUUUGGCCCUGGUUAUUAUUUAUUACAUUUAAACUAAACUGGCAAAUGUUUGUUGGACAAACUAAACAUGUCUGUGAGCCGACCGCUGGUGACUGUGGUACAGGCUGGACGCCAAAGCUUUUCAAAGGGACUGCAGUUGCAGCAAAAUCUUGCAAAGUCUACUCAGACCCUGGAUCCGCCCUCAGAGUUCCGAAACUACCUUGUGCUGCAAGAGCACAAUCCAGUCUACACAGUCGGCCUGAGAACGAAGGACUACACGGCUGCGGAUGAGGAUCGGCUCCGCAAGCUGGGCGCGGACUUCCAUCGGACAGAUCGUGGCGGCCUAAUAACUUUUCACGGACCCGGCCAGUUGGUAGUUUAUCCUAUUUUGCAUCUACGCCAGUUCAAACCUAGCAUGCGCUGGUAUGUGGCAACACUGGAGAGAAUGGUCAUCGAGACCUGUCAUCAGCUGGGUAUUUCCGGAGCCACUACCACCAAGGACACUGGCAUCUGGGUGGGCGAACUGAAGAUCUGCGCUAUCGGUGUCCAUGGCUCGCGUUACGUCACAACGCACGGAAUCGCCUUAAAUUGUUGCACGGAUCUACGAUGGUUCGAUCAUAUUGUGCCCUGUGGAAUCGAGGGUAAGGGAGUGACCUCGCUCAGCAAGGAGCUGAACCGGCACGUGUCCGUUCAGAUGGCUAGUGACGCACUAAUCAGCAGCUUCGCCAGCGUGUUUGAGUGCGGAGUGCAGAAUCUUAACGAAUCUAAACUGGGUAGAGCUACGGAAAUGUAGCUAACUAAAUCGAUUUUUCUGAUUUGACGCAAUUUGACUUUCACAGAAUAUUUUCUAGUAAAGUGAAAACCUUUUUUUUUAAACAAUA